UCCGCUGUGGUCGCGUCCUCCCUCCUUCCUUCCUUCCUCCUACUGCACGCUGAGAGUCCGGACUACAAACCGAGCUCCGCACCUGGACUGUAUUCUCUCUGCACCAGGACUCAGGAGCAACAACAACAACCCGGAAAAGUGACAUUUUCUGCAGGAUUUCUCGGGACAAGGAGACAUCCGAGCUUCCUUCCUCGUCUCCUUCCCGGAGCUGAGCGCUCCGUCGGGCUGCAGAGACUCUUACCGAGAGGCCGACAGCAGAAAGACGUCGUCUGACUGCAUGAGGAGGCGGAGUGACGGGACCCUGGUCCUCACCUAGUCCCCCCCUCCCCCCCUCCCAACUGCCUGGACAUGAGGUCAUUCCGCUCGUUUGCAAACGACGACCGCCAUGUCAUGGCCAAACACGCCAGCAUCUACCCGACGCCGGAGGAGCUGGAGGCGGUCCAGACGCUGGUGUCCACCGUGGAGGGAGCCCUGAAGAAGGUCUCUGAUUGGAUGGACGGCCUCAACGAGUCCUCGGGGAAGACCUCCGCCGAUGACGAGGGCGGGGACAACAAGGCGGAGGAAGACGCUGCUGAGAAAAAGCCCGACGGCACGCCGGCGCUGUGCGGGGUGACGCGGGUCGGCCUGCUGGCCAAAGGCCUGCUGAUCAAAGGGGACAUGGACCUGGAGCUGGUUCUGAUGUGCAGACAGAAACCCACCAAGCUGCUGCUGUACACCGUCAGCGCCAACCUGCCGCUGCAGAUCCAGACGAUGACGGAGGAACCAUACGAGGUGCAGUCGUGCGUCCCCGAGGCGGCCAUCCGGGUCUGCAGCACCAAAGACCCCCGACUCACCCUGAAGAUCACCCUCUCCUCCUUAACCAUGAGGGAGGAGCACGGCACCACAGGAGAAGAGGAUGGACGCCGGGCUGAGGACAAGGAGCAGGAGGAGGGCGAGGAGAAGAAGGAGCAGGAGGAGGGCGAGGAGAAGAAGGAGAAGGAGGUGAAAGAGGAGGAGAGGGAGGACGUCCUGGACAGGAAGAAGUGCCGGGCGGCGCUGGCGGCGCUCCGACACGCCAAAUGGUUCCAGGCCAGAGUCACAGAUCUCAAGUCCUGCGUCGUCGUCUUGAGGAUUUUCAGAGACGUGUGCAACAGACUGGCCGGGUGGCAGCCGCUCAGAGGAUGGCCUCUGGAGCUGAUCUGUGAAAAGGCCAUCGCCACCUGUAACCGUCCGCUGGGUCCGGGCGAGGCGCUACGUCGCGUCAUGGAGUGCAUCGCCUCGGGGAUCCUGCUGCCAGGAGGUUCAGGAGUUCACGACCCCUGUGAGAGGGAACCCACCGACGUCCUGUCCGACCUCGACGCCCAGCAGGCCGACGCCAUCACACACAGCGCACAGCAUGCGUUACGCCUCCUAGCCUUUGGACAGCUUUACAAGGUCUUGAAUAUGGAUCCUCUCCCCGUCAGCAAGCCCUCGACGAGGCUGCUGGAAGGCGGCUGUCAGAAGAGGCUCCGGGAGGACGUCGGGUCGGAUGACAGAGACUUCAUCAAAAGGAUGAAAGUGCUGGACUGGAGGAUGACGGAUCCAAACCACCCCAUGAACGCUCUGAUGCGUCUGAACCAGAUCCACCCGGGCCUCCAGUACCGCCUGCUGUCCCAGUCCGGCCCGGUCCACGCUCCGGUCUUCACCAUGUCCGUGGAGAUCCAGGGAACCACCUACCAGGCCACCGGGAACUCCAAGAGGACCGCCAAGCUCCAGGUGGCCCUCAAGGCGCUGCAGGCUCUGGGAUUCGUGCUCGGCGGCGACGGAGACGUGGACUCGCUGAGCGCCGACGAGAAGUCAGAUGGCGAGGGCAAGAACGACAGGAUGUCCACCAGCUCCAGCUCCACCUCCAUCACCUCCUCCACAGACACGCAGGAGUCCAGAGCUCCAGGUCCGAUCCUGACGGCCGGAGGUAAAAACCCGGUGAUGGAGCUGAAUGAGAAACGCCGCGGCCUCAAAUACGAGCUGAUAUCAGAGAGCGGCAGCAGCUACGACAAACGUUUCAUCAUCGAGGUGGAGGUGGACAAGCAGGUUUUUCGGGGAACGGGUCCCAAUAAGAAAGUCGCCAAAGCCAGCGCGGCGCUCUCCGCCCUGAACAGCCUGUUCUCCGGCUGCAAGUCUACGAGCAGCAAGAAGAAGAGACCCAACCCUCCUCCAAAGCGUCCGGUGACCUCGGUGCUGACCCUCCCGGCCCUCGCUGCCAGACCUCCACGUGUCCCCGUCAUCCCCAGAGCUCCCUACAUCAGCACCCCACCCACACAUCAGUACAUCCCCCAAGGUUUUGGUGCUCCUUACGGUUACAGCCCUGCAGGAGCCCUCCCUCCCUACGGUUUUCCCUCCAGAAUGCCCUCAUUAGUUUACCCAGUCAUCAGAGUCCCUACACCGUACCCCGUCACCCACCUCUACCCCUAUUAGGACCCUCGUCACCCACCUCUACCCCUAUUAGGACCCUCGUCACCCACCUCUACCCCUAUUAGGACCCUCGUCACCCACCUCUACCCCUAUUAGGACCCUCGUCACCCACCUCUACCCCUAUUAGGACCCUCGUCACCCACCUCUACC